CGUUCCGGCAUUCUCUUUCGGCCGGUGGGCUUCGGCAUAAAAAAAAAAUAACAUUGAAGAUUCCCUCAGGAAUUGAAAGUCACCAACAGAACCUCCUGCAAAUGAUAGCUCCGACCUCGGCAUCCCAGGCGGGUGCUUUCACACACGUCCCAGUCGGUGAACUUGUUCCGCACGGGCAUCCGCCAUUUUCCUUGCUCCAAAGGGCUACCCACAUAUAAGCACGGCAACGGAACGGAGGCGGCAGAGGCAACCCAGUUAAGCAACCCAACACAAUCCCCAGUGCAAAGCCUCCAACUCCAACAAGCUCAGCUCCCAUACCGGCAACGCCCUCACCCACGUAAAGAAAAGAAUUAUCGCCCAAUUAGCUUAACCCAAAGCCCUCACCAACCUGCCAACCUAGCUGAAUUUCCAGAAGCCUUCCUCUGGCACUUUGCGCAUCUAUAAAUACCAGGCAUCCUCCUACCGUCCUCCCUCCCCCUUCCCUCCUCUGCUCACUCGAUCACACCUAGCUUCCUUCAUCUCACAACAAUGGCAUUCACAUUGUUGUCGAGAUCGCCAAGGCUUGUGAUCUGCGCCCUCCUCUGCAUCUUUCUCUUCUCAGAGGUCGGCGUACCGCGGCGGGCGUCGGCGCUGGGCAUCAACUACGGGCAGGUGGGGAACAACCUGCCGUCUCCGCCGCACGUGGUGCAGCUUCUCACAUCGCUGCGCAUCGGCAAGGUCCGCAUCUACGACGUGAACCCGCAGGUGCUGUCGGCGUUCGCGGGCACGGGGAUCGAGCUCAUCGUCACCGUCCCCGACGACCUGGUCCCGGGCAUGGCCGCGAGCGCGUCCCAGGCGCUGCAGUGGGUGACCGCGGGCGUGCGGCCCUACUUCCCGGCGACGCGCGUGACGGGCAUCGCCGUGGGCAACGAGGUGUUCACGGGCGACGACGAGCAGCUCAAGGCCAGCCUCGUGCCCGCCAUGCGCAACCUGCACGCGGCGCUGGCGCAGCUGGGCAUGGACACGUACGUGCGCGUGUCCACGGCCAACUCCCUCGCCGUGCUCGCCACCUCGUACCCGCCGUCGCAGGGGGUCUUCACGCAGGACGCCGCCCCCUACAUGGCCCAGCUGCUGCGCUUCCUCGCCGACACCAGCACCCCCUUCUGGAUUAAUGCUUACCCCUACUUUGCCUACAAGGAUGACCCGACAAAGGUGUCCCUGGACUACGCGCUGUCGAACCCGUACCACGUCGGCGCGGUGGACCCCUACACGCACCUGCAGUACACGAGCAUGCUGUACGCGCAGGUGGAUGCGGUGACCUUCGCGGCGGCGCGGCUGGGCUACGGCAACGUCCCCGUGCACGUGUCGGAGACGGGUUGGCCGUCCAAGGGCGACGCCAACGAGGCCGGCGCCACCGUGGAGAACGCCCGCCAGUACAACCGCAACCUGCUUAUGAGGCAGGUCAGCGGCGAGGGGACGCCGCUGCGACCCAAGCUCCGCCUCGAGGUCUACCUCUUCGCGCUCUUCAACGAGGACAUGAAGCCCGGGCCCACGUCGGAGAGGAAUUACGGGUUGUACCAGCCGGACAUGAGCAUGGUCUACAACGUCGGCCUCAACCAGCUGUCGACCACGUCGGCGGCGUCGCUCUCCCUCGCCACGUCGCCGGCCACCAGGACCGAUGUUAGGAAGGACUUUGGCAGCCUGUGUCUCGUCACAUCUCUGGCCAUCCUGCUUAUCACCCAAGCUUUGCUAUUGUGAUAGCAAAAGCACCCAAUAGCGGCCGACUGCAAGGCCAGCAAAAUGGCCUUGCUUUUGUGGACCAAAAGCCUCCAAGACCAAAGGGGAGAUGCACCAUUCCAAGAGGAAAAGCUAGGAGGGGCGAUGUGGAAGGCACUAUCUUGAGGACACGGCAACAGCGUGUAAAUACGAGGCGAGACACGGCACCACGGCGACGCCAUUUUCGGGCGCAGCAACUUUAUUCUUUGGUUUCUUACAGAGGAGAAGGAACGAGAAAUCAGAAGAUUUAAUGUGAUGAAGGGACGGCGAUGGAGGGAAAGGGUGGUCUGAGUCUCUUUCAGAGGGUGGCUUUAUUCUCUUUGCCUUGCCCAACUGCGGGUUAGGCCUUUGCUGAUGCGAAUUUAUGUGUACAUAUCAUUGAUUCAUUUAUUUAUUGGUAACUCCAAAAUAGUUGAUCAUUCUUACCUGGGUGAUCGGUGGAGAUUAGGGCUAUGUUGUCUGUGAUGUAAAUAAAUGAAAACUUAAGACAUGCGUUGCCCUUACAGUAAUCAGUUAAAAUUAUAAUGAAAUUAUUCUUUCUAUGGA